GGACGAGGAGAGCCCUGCAACACCUCUCCCGAGCCCGGCGAGGUCUCUGGGCUCCUGGAGCGAGAGAGGGGGCAUCUCACUACGUUGCGUAGGCUAAUCUCGACCUCCUGGAUUCACAUGAUCCUCCCGCCUCAGCCUCCCCAAAGUGCUGAGAUUGCAGGUGUGAGCCGCCACACCCGGCCCUGAUAAAACUCAUCAGUGCUUUGAAACAAGCAGCUCUGAACCAAAGGAAUCAUUUGAUUCAAGUAACCAUUGGAUCUUCCCAAGGCAAUGGUGAAAGAAAAGAAAAAAGCAGACAAAAGAGGGGAGAAGUCGGCCCCCUCUCCCUCAUCUCUCUCUGAUAAUCUAGACUUUUCCAAACAAGAUGGCAACACCACUAGGCAAGAGAUGUCCCCAGCUGGCGUCCCAUUGCUGGGAAUGCAGCUUAACGAAGCGAAACCCAAAAAAGACCCCCGAAAUGUUCAGCAGAAUGAAGAUGCCACCCAAUACGAAGAGUCCAUUCUGACCAAACUCAUCGUGGAGAGCUAUGAAGGGGAGAAAGUUCGUGGGCUGUACGAGGGAAAAGGCUUCGCAGUCUUUCAAGGCGGUUGUACCUAUCGUGGUAUGUUUUCAGAAGGACUCAUGCAUGGACAAGGGACUUAUAUUUGGGCCGAUGGAUUAAAAUACGAGGGCGACUUUGUGAAGAAUGUCCCGAUGAACCACGGCGUGUACACGUGGCCGGACGGCAGCAUGUACGAAGGGGAAGUGGUCAACGGCAUGAGGAACGGGUUCGGGAUGUUCAAGUGCAGCACCCAGCCCGUGUCCUACAUCGGCCACUGGUGCAAUGGCAGGCGGCACGGGAAGGGCUCCAUUUAUUACAAUCAAGAGGGUACGUGUUGGUAUGAGGGAGACUGGGUGCAAAACAUCAAAAAGGGCUGGGGAAUAAGAUGUUAUAAAUCUGGAAAUAUAUACGAAGGCCAGUGGGAAGACAACAUGCGCCACGGGGAGGGGAGGAUGAGGUGGCUGACCGCCAAUGAAGAGUACACCGGGCGGUGGGAAAGGGGCCUCCAGAAUGGCUUUGGAACACACACGUGGUUUCUAAAGAGAAUCCCCAGUUCCCAGUAUCCCUUGAGAAAUGAAUACAUAGGGGAGUUUGUAAACGGACAUCGUCACGGACGUGGCAAGUUUUAUUAUGCCAGUGGAGCCGUGUACGACGGAGAAUGGGUUUCCAAUAAGAAACAUGGCACAGGCCGAUUAACUUUCAAGAACGGGCGUGUGUACGAAGGCGCAUUCUCCAAUGACCACAUAGCCGGGUUUCCAGAUCUUGAAGUUGAAUUCAUCAGCUGCCUGGACCUGUCUCCAGGAGUUGCCCAAAGAUUGUCCAGAAGUGCCGAACUGAUCAGAAAGCUUGAUGGCAGUGAAAGUCAUUCUGUGUUGGGGUCGAGCAUUGAGCUGGAUUUAAAUUUGCUCCUAGACAUGUACCCUGAGGCAGCCCGACCUGAAGAAAAGAAGCAGGUAGAAUAUGCUGUGUUAAGAAAUAUUACAGAAUUAAGAAGAAUCUACAGCUUUUAUAGCAGCCUGGGAUGCGACCACUCUCUGGAUAAUACCUUUCUGAUGACAAAGCUUCACUUCUGGAGAUUUCUAAAAGAUUGCAAAUUUCAUCACCACAGACUAACUCUUGCUGAUAUGGACAGGAUAUUAAGUGCCACUAAUGACAUACCAGUUGAAGAAAUCCAUUCUCCAUUUACAACAAUACUUCUGAGAACAUUUUUGAAUUACCUCCUGCGUUUGGCGUACCACAUUUAUCACGAAGAAUUCCAAAAGAGAAGCCCAUCGCUCUUCUUGUGUUUUACAAAACUGAUGACCGAGAACAUUCAUCCAAAUGCCUGCCAGAUAAAAGGCAAUUUAUUCUGUGAGCAACAGCGGACGCUCUACUCUAUGAAUUACAUGAAUAAGUGCUGGGAGAUCUAUCUAGCUUACUGCAGACCCCGCGCAGCGCCUCCCCACGAGCCUACAAUGAAGAUGAGACACUUCCUCUGGAUGCUGAAAGACUUUAAAAUGAUAAAUAAAGAAUUAACAGCAGCUAUAUUUAUGGAAGUCAUAGCAGAGGAUAAUCCUUUCAUAUAUGAUGGAGUUGACAGCAACUUUGAACCUGAGCUGGUUUUCCUGGAAUUCUUUGAAGCUCUCUUAAGCUUUGCGUUCAUCUGUGUUACUGACCAAAUGACUAAAUCCUGUGCAAAUGUUCCAACUGAUGAUGUGUCUGGAAAUAAACAUGAAACUAUUUAUACAAUACUCAAUCAGGAUGCCCAGAACAAGAGUCCCAGUGCGGUCAUGAGCCACGAAUCAGAUGCUGCUCACUCUGACAGUGCCAGGUCAUCUUCCAGCAAGUUAGAGCUCUGGCCUGAUAUUAACAAAAUAAGGAAAUCAGAGCCCAAGAUCAAGAAGUCUCUAAGUGAUGAAAGAGUCUCCAAAGUGAAUUUUCAAUCUACUGGAAAAGGGGUCACCUUUUUUUCAUCUGAGAGUGAGAAAUACGAGAGACCCAAGGAUGAUCAAAAGGAAGAGUUCAACACGUGGGUCAAUAAUAUGUACGUCUUCUUUGUGAACACGCUCUUUCACGCGUAUAAACGUGAAGAAGCUAUCAAGGAGAAAAUAAGGGAAGACAGGUUACGCAGCACAGCACGGGCCCAGCGGCGGAAGAUGGAAGAUGACGAACUGGAAGCAAGGCUGAAUAUCUUUAUCUUGAGAGAGGAAGAAGCCAAGAGACAAGACUAUGAGGUGGACAUCACGGUGAUCAAGGAGCCGGUGGACGUGUCAUCCUCUUAUCUCAUAUUGGACCCUCCCAAGGAGGACGUGACCGUGUCCCCGUCCAGCAAGACCAUCACCAGCAAGAAGAAGAAGAAGUAGUGAGCCCCGAGGACACACACAGAGGCUUAGGACAGCACGUGCAGUAAGAUUUCCUGAGCGUUACAGUGCUCAGCAUUGCACUCAUUGCAGUGUUUUAAAAUACCGCCUGGCCCACUGCAUCUCAGGUUUCCUACAUGGCUGGAUUAUGGGAGUUCGAGACCAGCCUGGGCAACAUAGUGAGACCCUAUCUCUGCAAUAUUAAAAAAUUAGCCGAGCAUG